CCGCCCAAACAGUCUCUCAAGAGUCAAGGUCCCUCGACACCCUUACUUUGAGUACCAAGCCGCUGCGUGUGUCAUGCUGCGUGUCUGCGUAGCGUCGGGAAACGUCUUUUCUUUCCGAUCCUUCCUUGAAUAGCCCUACGCCACAGCCCCCCUUGGCUGGCUUCAGAAAUCUCAGGAAGCCCGAUGCUGUGCAACUCCUCUUGGUAUGUUGAUUAGAAAAGCGAGGGAGGGCUGAAAGCACUUCAAUGGCCCCCACCUCUCUCCCAAUCCCUGAAUGCUCGUGCGACUCCGGCUCCUCCUCGUGUGCCGUGAUGGUGGUGCUUUUCAUGCUCGUGUUCUAUGCCCUGGCCCUGUGGGAUCGAUGGAUGACUCUCAAGCUCCGUCAACACAGGAGAGACGAUGAAUCCUGUUCGCCAAGAUCUGCAUCAGGAUAUGGGACGAUGGAGCCGCGGAAGUUACCGCCGUUUCAGAUCCCUGUGUUCAAGCUCUCUCCGCCUCCGCCUGAAAGCGAUCCGAAAUUCACACACGACGACGGCGAUCUGGGGACCUGUGAAAUCCGUUUGAUGAAGAGGGAUCUCACGCUGCUGUACCCGCCCGAGUCUCCCACAGAGCUGUAGAGUCUCGUGUCCUUCCCUAUCUUACGUUUGAUCGCGGAUUUACCUAUAUUUAUUGCAUGACGUUGGGCUCAAAUCGGAAAAAUUGUAAGCCUCGUACAGCCGGGGAUCCGGGAAUAGAUGUAAUGGGGCGUCUAGGCUAGCCUUGAGUUGAGAACAUCAUCGGAACAGUCGGUUCUG